AUGCCAGACCUCAACAACGUCAAGAAGGCCAUGGACGCCGUAGACGCCGACCCUGAAGCCAAAGAGCUUAUCCUUACCUUUGGCGACAAGAAGGUCCAGAGGGGCGAGCACAUUGGACGUGCCGGUGCACAAAAGGAGCCCACUCUCUGGUGGCCCAAAGCAGAGCCGGGCAAGACAUACCUCGUGCUCUCUUUGGACCUCGACGGACCCUUCCCGUCGUUCCCGGUGCUGGGUCCCAUCCUGCACGGGAUCCAGCCGGGCCUGAAUGCCGGCGACCAGAAGCUCGACUCUGAUGUCCCGCCCGUGGCAAGCUGGAUUGGUCCGGCCCCGCCGCCGCUGAGCGGACCUCAUCGCUAUGUGUUCUUCUUGUACGAGCAGCCGGCUGCUUUUGAUGCGAAGAAGUUCACGCCGCAGAAGGCAGGGGAGGAGUUUCCGAUCACUAAGAGGAUCAGGUUCGAUCCAGAUAGGUUUGUAAAGGAGGCCGGAUUGGGUGAGGUGCUUGCCGGGGGCUGGUUUAAGAGCAACUAG